GCAAGGACGAGGUUGCACAACGAGAACUGUUAAGACAAACCCAGAACUCCCUCUGAAAAUCUCUCCCCAAAACCCAAAACUCCCAAAUUUCCCACCCUUCAUUACAUCGUCGAUCUCUUUCUCUCUCCUCCCACUCUUUCUGCCACCAACCACACUCUCUCUCUUCGCCGCCUACGAAUCUCUCCAUUCUCUUACGCCGGCCAUAUCCAAAUUGCCGCAGCUUCUCUCCCACUUUCCGUUAAUAGGAUUACUCCAUCAGGUAUCAAUAUCAUGGUCAUAUCCUUUCCCUAUUCAAGGCAGAGUGAGGUGUUGAAUAAAAGUUGUGCUUGGGACACUUUUAGAGAUCUGUAUCAUCAAUGCACCAACUUGUAAUCAAGGAAUUUCAAGACUUUUAUCUCCUUAAUAAGACUCAGUGUGCGGAGUGGAAUAGAGAUCUACGUUUAAUUUAGGUGGUUGAUUUUCCGUUUUCCCCCUCAGAAAGAAUAAGUGACUUUUUUUUUUUGUCAUAUAAAGCCACACAAAGAGGUAAAAGCUAAUGCCAGAAGGUGCAAUGGCAGUUGUCAAACCAGAGAUGAAGUCUUAUGUUUGGCUACAAACCACUGAUGGCUCAAUUCAGCAAGUGGAGGAAGAAGUUGCAAUGUUUUGUCCUGUUAUAUGCCGAGAAAUACUUCAAAAAAGCAUGGGAUCUUCCAAAUUAAAUGCUAUUGUACUCCCAGAGCGGGUUAAUCCAGCAACUCUGGGUUUAGUUCUGGAUUACUGCCGAUUUCACCAAGUGCCUGGUCACUCCAUAAAGGAGCGGAAGGCAUAUGAUGAUAAGUUCAUUCGAUUAGAUACCAAAAAAUUGUGUGAGUUAACAUCUGCUGCAGAUAGCCUUCAGCUAAAACCUUUGGUUGAUCUCACGAGCCGUACACUUGCUCGAAUAAUUGAAGGAAAGACUCCAGAGGAGAUACGUGAGAUAUUCAAUUUACCUGAUGAUCUCACAGAGGAAGAGAAGUUGGAGCCCCUAAAAAACGUGACAGAUGAUCCUCGCAUCCGACUGCUGAAUCGGUUAUAUGCUAGAAAGAGGAAGGAAUUGAAAGAAAGAGAACAAAAGAAGAAUAUUGAAGCCGAAGAAGAGCAUGUUGAUGAACGCUCUGUUGAUGAUCUCUUGUCAUUUAUAAAUGGUGAAGAUAAAGAAUCGAAAGGAGCUAAAACUGGUAAAAGUAAAAAGAAAAAUCGGCGAAAGAAAACACACAUUAUAGGCUCCUCAAACGAGGAUGGGGACCACGAGGACGCAAAUGGUGUAUCUCAUUCAUGUGAUAAUGGCAAAGCUGAUGACAGUUGGAUGUUAGAUUCUGGUGCUAGUUCAGAAUUACUGGAUCCUGUGAGUCCUAAGCUUGACUUUGAAGAUGGUGAUAUUGAUGACGAACUGGAUCCAGCAAUGAAGGAAGAGCUUGACAGGGAGGUAGAGGACUUUGCUCGGAGAUUGAAUUCAGAUUGGCCAGAAAGAAUGCAAGAGAUUCUUUCUUUGGGCCAAGGGAGAAGGCUAAGCCCCAUAUCAAUAAACGGCAAUGGCUCUGCACAGAGAUAUACAGGUUUGUAACAAAGAUAAUAAUGGAGCGAGAUUGGCGGACACAUUAUCGACUGAGCUCCUCUCUCAGGAAUAAUUUGUUCGUUCUGCUAGUGUGCAUAUGUUUAUAUGUUGUGCACUGUGUUGGCCUUGCUGAAGUCAUGGAAAAGGAUGGUUAGGCCAGUCGCAAAAUCUGUAUAUUUGAGGUUGAGCGAGAACGCUGUGCUGGGAAAUUUGUACCUUUAAUUUAGUCAUAGUUUUGUUCCCUUUGUUUUCAACUUCUCUGUAUUGGGAGUGCUACUUUUUCUUUUCUUUCAAUACAACCUGUUCCUGAAAUUCUCCCACUCUGUAUCCGUUUGAACAAGCAUUUGCUUUUGCACAUAUCAGAAGGCCCAAAGCCUCAAUUUUUUUUUUU